UGGGGGAGGGUCAGACCGGCCGGUUCUCGGGGAAACCAGGCGAGACACUCUGUGCUAUGUCUUUGGGGACCCAUUCCCAUCCUUGGAAGCCCGUAAUCCUCUCUGACCCCAGGCGUCCUUGAUCUCCCACGUUGAUGUGGAGUGUGUUGUGUUUCAAAGUGCUAAAAAAGAUGCAGCGACGGCACAGCAGCAUAACGGAUACCCUUCCACCUGAAAGAAACCGGAACCAAGUCAUCACGUCGGAGACCAGUGUGGACGAAGGGGCCGUUUUCGAAAUGCUGAAGACGGAAGCAGCUCUUCUCGGGGCUGGGGGGAAUCCCAUCAGCAGCAUCUCGGCCACGCCUUUCCAAUCCAGUUUGCUCCUGGGGUCCUCAGCCGGAGGAGGCGAGGUCUUCAUCCAGAUGCCUGCUGCCCGGGAGGAGGGGCCAAGCCGGGCGGAGGCGGGGCUCUACCACUACCGCCAACCGCAUCAUUACCAUCACAGCCACCCGAGAGGCUCCUCGCUGCUCCAUAUGAGUGGCGCUGACCGCCAUGGGCAUCCUGAAGAGGCCCCCGAUGAGCCGCCUGGCACCCCGGCCCCUGCCCUUCCCGAGAUGAAGGCGGUCGUUUCCUGGCUGCAGGAUGGCCUGCCCUUCAUCGUGAUCCUGCUGGCAAAAGUUUGUUUCCAGCACAAACUGGGUAUUGCCCUCUGCGUGGGCAUGGCCAGCACAUUCGCAUAUGCAAAUUCAGCCCUUCGAGAACAAAUCUCUUUAAAGGAAAAAAGAUCCAUCUUCAUGGUUUUCUGGAUCUUGGUCUUCCUUGCAGGGAACACCCUGUACUUGCUCUACACCUUCAACUCCCAACAGCUGUAUAACAGCCUCAUCUUCCUGAAGCCCAAUCUGGACAAGCUGGAUUUCUUCGACCUGAUGUGGAUGGUGGGGAUUACAGAUUUCGUCCUGAAGUAUCUCACCAUUGCUUUGAAGUGCCUGGUGUUGGUCCUGCCCAAGAUCAUCCUUGCGGUGAAAUCCAAGGGGAAGUUCUACCUGGUGAUUGAAGAAGUCAGCCAGUUAUUCCGUUCCCUGGUCCCCAUCCAGCUGUGGUAUAAGUACAUCAUGGGGGAUGAUCCAUCCAGCAGCUAUUUCCUUGGGGGAAGUCUUCUCAUUAUGUACAGCCUCUGCAAAUCUUUUGACAUCUGCGGCCGUGUGGGGAGCGUGACCCGGGCAGUCAAAGUCCUCUGUGCCCCUCAGAGCUACGGGGUCCGUGCGAGCAACCAGCAGUGUAGCGAGGCGGGUGACAUCUGUGCCAUCUGCCAGGCUGAAUUUCGAGAAGCAGUGAUGCUCUUAUGCCAGCACGUUUUCUGCGAAGAAUGCCUCUGCCUCUGGUUUGACCGGGAGAAGAUGUGCCCACUCUGUCGCUCUGUAGCCGUGGAAACCCUGCGCUGUUGGAAGGACGGAACCACGUCUGCUCAUUUCCAGGUGUAUUGACUUGCAGGAUAUCCCAAAAUGCCAAGAAGACAUCUUAGUGAGGAAGGGUAAGAGGGAGCAUUCUUCAGAAUAUCUCUGUGGAGUCCCUGUCACUCCCUCUUCCUUGCAUAAGGCAAGUUGCAAAGUUCCUCAUCUUCUCUUUAGAGCAUCGGUAAUAGGUGGAAACUUGAAUGUUGAGACUUCCUUUCGUUCCUUCCUUGCUUGUCGGACCACUUUACUCCAAAACGAUUGGGUCCUUAAUUGAGAUCCUGAGCACCUCCGUUCCAUCACCAGGAGCCCUGGUGGCGCAGUGGUUAAAGGGCAGUAUUGCAGCCUAACUGCCCACAGUCUGGAGUUCUAU